GAGGCCGCCGCGGGGGGGGGGGGGGGAAGAAAGCGUUACGUUCCCGAUUUCACCUCCUUCCUAAGUGAAGAUUUCCGCCCCGGGGGAGGAGGUAGCGCCCUGCCGAGUCCCGGCCUCCGUCCUCGGCGGGAGUGCGCGCGUCCGGGUCGUCCAUUGUUGCUCCGAGAGGUUAAGGAGUGGGCGUGGCGGAGCCACCUCCUCCCGGGAGCACACCGGGGUCCACCCCACUCGCUCGUCUGGAACCCCAACAUGAGCGGAGAGGAGAAUCCGGCCAGCAAGCCCACGCCGGUGCAGGACGUGCAGGGCGACGGACGCUGGAUGUCCCUGCACCAUCGGUUCGUGGCGGACAGCAAAGACAAGGAACCCGAAGUCGUGUUCAUCGGGGACUCUUUGGUCCAGCUAAUGCAUCAAUGCGAGAUCUGGCGAGAACUCUUCUCUCCUCUGCACGCGCUUAACUUUGGCAUUGGUGGUGACAGCACCCAGCAUGUUCUGUGGCGGCUGGAGAAUGGGGAACUGGAACACAUACGGCCCAAGAUCGUGGUGGUCUGGGUGGGCACCAACAACCACGGGCACACAGCAGAGCAGGUGACCGGGGGCAUCAAGGCCAUUGUGCAACUGGUGAACCAGCGGCAGCCCCAGGCGCGGGUCGUGGUACUGGGCCUGCUUCCAAGGGGCCAGCACCCCAACCCCCUUCGAGAGAAAAACCGCCAGGUGAAUGAGCUAGUUCGAGCAGCACUGGCUGGCCACCCACGGGCCCAUUUUCUGGAUGCUGACCCUGGCUUUGUGCACUCGGAUGGCACCAUAAGCCACCAUGACAUGUAUGAUUACCUACAUCUCAGUCGCCUGGGAUACACACCUGUCUGCCGGGCCCUGCACUCCCUGCUUCUGCGCCUGUUGGCCCAAGAUCAGGGCCAAGGGGUCCCUCUGCCUGAGCCCACUCCCUAGGCUCCCUGCCUCCCCACAUUAAAACUUGGCCUUCCUUA